GACCCGUGGCGGGCGGCGAAGAUGAUCAAGGGGUACAUGCAGCAGCACAACAUCCCACAGCGGGAGGUGGUGGAUGUCACCGGCCUCAACCAGUCGCACCUCUCCCAGCACCUCAACAAGGGCACCCCCAUGAAGACGCAGAAGAGAGCCGCCCUCUACACGUGGUACGUCCGCAAGCAGCGGGAGAUCCUCCGGCAGUUCAACCAGACAGUCCAGGGUUGUGGAAAUAUGACAGACAAAAGCAGUCAGGAUCAGCUGCUGUUUCUCUUUCCAGAGUUCAAUCAGCAGAACCAGGGGGCUGCCCAGCUCGACGACACCUGCUCUGAAACCCCCAGCAAGAAGAUGCGUCGCAAUCGGUUCAAGUGGGGGCCGGCCUCCCAGCAAAUCUUGUACCAAGCCUACGACCGCCAAAAGAACCCCAGCAAGGAGGAGCGCGAGGCUCUGGUGGAGGAGUGCAACAGGGCUGAGUGUCUGCAGCGAGGGGUGUCUCCCUCCAAGGCGCACGGGCUCGGCUCCAACCUGGUGACGGAGGUCCGCGUCUACAACUGGUUCGCCAACCGGCGGAAGGAGGAGGCUUUCCGCCAGAAGCUGGCCAUGGACGCCUACAGCUCGGGCCAGCCCCCGCACAGCAUGAACCUGCUGCUGUCCCACGGCUCCCCCCACCACAACCAGCCCAGUGCCUCGCCUCCCAGCAAAAUGCCAGGGGUCCGGUACAGCCAGGCGGCGAGCGGCGAGGCGGCAUCCUCCGGGGCCAUCAGCCACCACGCCGUGGUAGUGCCAGAGGGUCUCCCCCGAGGGUCCGGUGUCUGGAGGGUCUUCUCCAGUCAUGCGAUCUCCAGAGGUGAUUUUGGGUGCAAUGCUUUGGGUCUAAACCCCCUGCAAAAGGACCCCAGGGUGCAGAUCUCCGUUUCGGGGGGCGGGCUGCCCCCAGUGAGCACCCUGACCAACAUCCACAGCUUGUCACACCACAACCCGCAGCAGUCCCAGAACCUCAUCAUGACGCCGCUCUCAGGAGUCAUGGCCAUCGCACAGAGUCUGAACACCUCGCAGGCGCAGAGCGUACCUGUUAUCAACAGCGUUGCCGGCAGCUUGGCAGCUCUACAGCCGGUCCAGUUCUCCCAGCAGCUCCACAGCCCGCACCAGCAGCCGCUGAUGCAGCAGUCACCCAGCCAUAUGACGCAGCAGCCUUUUAUGGCCACCGUGACUCAGCUGCAGAACUCGCACAUGUAUGCACACAAACAGGAGCCUCCCCAGUAUUCCCACACCUCCCGCUUCCCCUCGGCGAUGGUGGUGACGGAUACCAGCAGCAUCAGCACGCUGACCAAUAUGUCUUCCAGUAAGCAGUGUCCCCUGCAAGCCUGGUGAUGCUCCACACCUCGCUGCUUUUGCACAUAGCAACGGGAUCUUAUUUUCCACAACAUCCCGCCGGUGACCCGCGCGCCGAGC